UGAAGGAUGAAGGUUCCUUGUGCUCCCCCUACAGAAACUCUAAAUUUAGCUCUAAUGUGAAAUUGUAAGGAGCAUGGCUUCAUUGUUAUGAUGGCGUCUAAACGCAAGAGACCCAAUGAUGAACAAACAGAACAAUCAACCAAAAUAAACUCCAGCGAAAAGAAAAUUCCUUCAGGGUCGAUUGUAGAAUGCUCUAGUAAAGAAGAACAACAGAAAAGAAGGAUUCUACACUGCCCAAAGUGUGACAACCUUGUGUUUCAUGAUGAGAUUAACACACAUUUGGAUAAUGGUUGCAUUUCUCUUGAACCAAAUCAGGAGUCAGAGCAUAGUUCAGAGGGACAAAUUGAAAGUUUGACUGGCAUAGAAGGAGGUAAAGGUGUGACAGAAGAUUGUGCACAUAAAGAUGUUGAAAUAACCCCAGACAAUGAUGAAGUGAAGUCAGAUCAGAAUGUUGUUACUACUGGAAACGUGUACAGUAAAGCACAUAUAAAAGCAGUUAAUGCGAACAACCAAGUGCCAAAGCAUGAACUCUAUUAUCUUAAUAAUUUUCUAUUUCCGAAGCAGUGUCGCAAGAGGAUAACAAACGUCUUUAAAUGGAAGUGA